AUGCCCGGUUCGCUGCCUCUCCCCGCGGCUUUUGCGGCUCCCCGCGCGGCUCGGGAGAAUCCCCGGCGCAAGAGAAGGAAGAAAUCGACUCUCAGCCAGGUCAUUCUCCGGGCUGCUGAUGUCCCCGCCGCCGGCAGAGGCGCCUCUCUCGCCGCCAUCAAGAAGGCGCUGGAGGGCGAGGGCUACGACGUGCGGAAGAACAAGGGCCGCAUCAAGACGCUGCUCCGUUCUCUCCUGAGCCAAGGGGCUCUGCGUCGGGUCAGCGGCAGCGGCGCCUCGGGCUCUUUCAGGCUCCAGCGGGGAAGCGGCGCCGCCAAAGCUGAAAAGAGGCGCCAGAGCUGGGCGAAGACAGGAACAGCUGCCCCAGAGCCACGUGACCCCAGCGGGGCAAUCAAAGCGGCUGCUGCACGGCCCAAGAUGCUUAGCAGGAGCCCGGGCAAAAUCAGGGGGACGGUGGCAACGCGCAGGAAGCAAAUUUUAGACGAUAUUAUUAAGGGCGCCUUCCUUCUGGAGUGA